UUGAAUGCAAUUGUGAGUGCGUUUACAGGGUGUUUUAUAGGAGGCUGCUGCUGUUUAGUUCAGGGGUGAUCUCGGAGUAUUAAAGCUGAAGUGACGGCACCCGUAGGACAAAACCUUAAACCCGUUUGUGACGAGUCGCAACCAUCUAACAACCCUUCUACUGAGACGCAGCAAUUGAGUUGCAUCACUAUCUCGCUAGUCGUGUAAGAUCUCCAAACUGGAUCUUAGGGUGAGAGUCGGUACGCCUUAUUGACAGAAAUGUUGUAUUGGUUUUACUUUGCAGUCAGUAGAAAGAAGGGUACACAUCACUGUGUACAUUUCACUAAUAACGUUUCUAUUUGUUGCCUCUUGUUUUGUUUUAAUACGUUUUGUUAUACAGCCAAAUCAUGUUUUAAUUUCAUUAUUUGCAAACAUCUCAUGAUGUAUAGUAAUUAUUAUAAUAACUGCAAGCUGUUUCCGGCUGUCCUUUUAUUUAUCAUCAAUUCACUAGGUUAGGUUUAACAAAAGUCGUUCAUAUAGAACAAACUGAACAUGGAGAAAAAAAGCAAGCCGUAUAAAACAAAGGGAGGAACGGCAACAGAGCCGGUGCCGCUCCCAAUCCACAAACACAGAGAGCGGCUGGUACGGGCUGUCAAACAGAACCCCUUCGUUGUCGUUACCGGAGAGACGGGAAGCGGCAAGACCACACAGCUUCCUCAGUAUCUCUACCAGGCAGGGUUUGGGAAAGGCGCAGUGAUCGGUGUCACGCAGCCCCGAAGAGUAGCCGCUAUCUCAGUAGCACAGCGAGUGUCUGAGGAGAUGGGCUGCCCCCUGGGAAGAGAAGUGGGCUACCAAGUGCGCUUCGACGAUUGCACUUCCAAGGACACGGCUAUCAAGUACAUGACAGAUGGCUGUCUCCUGAGGGAAAUUCUCGCAGAUGCCAGUCUUAGCAGGUACAGCGUUAUCAUUCUGGACGAGGCUCAUGAGAGGAGCCUGAACACGGACAUUCUGUUCGGUUUACUGAAGAAGCUGUUCCAGAAGAAGAAGCAUGGAGACCGGCAGGCCCCUCUCAAAGUGGUGGUGAUGUCAGCCACGCUGGAGACAGAGAAGCUCUCUGAGUUCCUUGAGGACUGCCCUGUCUGCACCAUACCCGGGAGGACCUAUCCUGUCACUGAGAUAUUCUGCAAUCUGAUUGGCCCAAAAGACAGAGAGAGCUCUGUUUAUGUGAAAGAGGUUGUGAAGGUUGCCCUCGACAUCCACACGAAUGAGCCAGCUGGGGAUAUCCUCGUGUUUCUUACAGGCCAAGUGGAAAUCGAGAAAGCUUGUGAUGUACUUUACGAGAAGGCUGAAUCCAUAGAUUAUCGGCAUGAUGUUGAAGACCGGUCUGUUAAGGGACUACUGAUACUCCCAUUAUAUGGAUCCAUGCCCACUGAUCAACAAAGGCAAAUAUUUCAACCUCCUCCAGCUGGCAUAAGAAAAUGUGUGAUUUCCACAAAUAUUGCUGCAACAUCUCUAACUGUAAAUGGAAUCAGGUACAUUGUUGACAGUGGAUUUGUGAAGCAGCUGAACCAUAAUUCAAGGGUGGGUCUGGAUGUUCUGGAAGUGGUGCCGAUUUCAAAGACUGAGGCGAAACAGAGGGCAGGCAGGGCUGGAAGGACGUGUGCUGGGAAGUGCUUCCGGAUCUACAGCCGGGAGUUCUGGGAGAAGUGCAUGCCGGAGUACACCAUUCCGGAGAUCCAGAGAACCAGCCUGACUUCAGUCAUCCUCACCCUGAAGUGCCUUGGAGUCCAUGACGUCAUCAGGUAAACAAA